AUGUCCACUGAGAAAGAGAAUUCUGUAAUAUGCAUUGAUGAAUGCAAAGAAUUAAACCAUGAAACGCUUAAAGAUUCCGACACUACUAUUCUCUCAUCCACAAACCAAAUUGUAAAUGAACAACCUUCAUCCCAAAACAUUCAAAUUCCCUUGAAGACUACUACAUUUCCUACUUGUUGUUCACAAGGGAACUCACCAACUUCUGCACCUUGUGAAUCAGCAUACUUCGAUGUACGGUAG